GGUAACUGGUCACCUUGGUCGUCCUGGUCACAGUGUUACGUCACAUGUGGGACAUGGAACAGAGGCACGUGUUAGAAGUUGCACCAAUCCGAGACCUGCAAACGGUGGUAACAAUUGUUUGGGAAAUAAUAAAAUCACCAAACUGUGCGAACAGCAAUUAUGUCCAGUUCACGGUGGUUGGAGUGAAUGGUCUGAAUUUGGACAAUGCUCUGUAACCUGUGGAAUAGGCAUGACAAAAAGAUUAAGGUCGUGUUCAAAGCCUGCACCAUCGCGAUUUGGCGACCAUUGCUUUGGCGAUAAUGUCGAGUAUACACUUUGCAUGCCAAAACCAUGUGCAGAUGGUCGUUGGUCAGAUUGGGAACCAUGGAGCAACUGUUCGUCAUGUGACAAGGGUAUUCAUUCACGAACAAGAAACUGCAACAGACCUAAACCUUCUCCUUAUGGAAAUUCUUGUACUGGACAAUCGUUACAAGUAGAAGCUUGUGAUAGCUACUGUAUUGACUGCAGAGACUGCUAUGAUAUUAAAAAGAAAUACCCUGACCACCAAAGCGGAAUUUCCGUUAUACAGUUAUGGAAAUCCAAGAAGCUUGUUUCUGUGUUUUGUGAUAUGGAUACAGACAAUGGGGGCUGGACUGUUUUUCAGAACAGGUUCGAUGGUUCUGUUGAUUUUUAUAGAAAUUAUGCAAACUAUACAAACGGUUUCGGUGACUUAACUGGAGAGUUUUGGCUUGGCCUAGAAAAUCUUCAUGAAAUGACAUCACAAGGAAGUUCGGAACUACGAGUAGAUGUAAAAAGGGCUAACGGAUCCGCUGCAUACGAGGUGUUUAAAAAUUUCAGCAUAUCGCCUUCUCCAGAUUACAUCCUUCGUGUUUCACCAGGCCACGGAACUGCUGGUGAUCAAUUGUGUGCAUUAUCUUCUAAUAGUGGUGCUCCAUUCAGUACUUACGAUCGCACGAGAGAUACAUGCACUAAUGGCAGCAGCUGUGCGAUUGACAAUCACGGGGCAUGGUGGUAUAACAAGUGCGUAAAUGUUAAUUUGAAUGGCAAGUAUUGCACACCAGGGACAAACACAUGUAGCUGGAGGGGAAUGACCUAUUUCCAUUUCUCGGGCUGGGAGUCACUGAAAACAUCUAAAAUGAUGUUUCGAAGAGUCCAUACCUGAACACAGACUGCUUAGUAUGUUUCAGCGAAAUUUUACUGUACAAAAUGAU